UCGUGCAUUGUGGGAAGCUUUUCACUGUUUACAGUCCAGCCGCCAGCGUGAGAAUAUAACUUAAAAGAGCCGGAUGUUGAAGAUUUGGGGGGCUCUAGAACACUUGGAAGCAGUGUGAAGAAAGGUUUCGCAACUCCCAACAGGAAUCGGACUUAAGACCUCAGCCGUUCGCUGUUGCCAACGGGGCUCUUGUAUCCGGGUCGCGAGGUAGAAGAGACGCCUCUAUGGUCAAGUAAACAUAGAGUGGUUCCUCUCGUCCCCACGUGGUCGAACUGCGCUUGCGCAGUAGGCGCGGCAUUGCGAAGAUGGCGGAGGAAGAGCAAAGAAAAAAGAUCCCUUUGGUUCCAGAAAAUCUCCUGAAAAAGAGGAAGGCUUAUCAGGCCCUCAAAGCCACCCAGGCAAAGCAGGCACUUUUGGAAAAGAAGGAGCAGAGGAAAGGAAAAGAUAUCCAGUUUAAGCGACUGGAAUGGUUCCUCCACGAUGCCUGGCGGCAGCAGCGUGACAAAGUACGCCUCCGACGCCUGGAAGUGAAACCUCAUGGUUUGGAAGUGCCAGAUAAACACUCCUUGGCCUUUGUUGUGCGCAUCCAAAGGGUUAAUGGAGUGAGUUUAACGGUGCAGAGGACCAUUGCAAGGCUUCGCCUGAAGAAGAUUUUCAGUGGUGUCUUUUUCAGAGUGACCCCCCAAAGCAUAAAAAUGCUGCGCAUAGUGGAACCUUAUGUGACCUGGGGAUUUCCAAAUCUGAAGUCUGUCCGGGAACUCAUCUUGAAACGUGGACAAGCCAAGGUCAGGAAUAAAGUCAUCCCUUUAACAGACAACACAGUGAUUGAGGAGCACCUGGGGAAGUUUGGUGUCAUUUGCUUGGAAGACCUCAUUCACGAAAUUGCCUUCCCGGGGAAGAACUUCCAGGCAAUCUCAGGGUUCUUAUGCCCUUUCCAGCUCUCAGUGGCUCGUCAUGCCACCAAGAAUAGAGUAGGCUUCCUCAAGGAAAUGGGCUUACCUGGCUAUCGAGGCGAACGCAUCAAUCAGCUAAUCCGACAGCUGAACUAAACCCAGAAUAUCUGAAAGCACAAUGCCUUGGAAGCGUGUGUUUUUGGUUUUUGGAAUUACCAGUAUCUUCAAAGAAGAUUAUUUUCUGCAGUAACUUCAGAAACUGGAGGGGAGGAGUCAGGGAAAAGAUGGUGGUGUUCCUAGCAGACACUUCUUAUCACAGCCCCGAUCCAAAGGAAAAGUCCAGAGUGUUUUGCAUGUUCGCCACUGCCACCACCUUGAUGUCAGCAAAGGAUUCAUGCCAUGCAAGAGGGGUCCUGCUUUGUCCUGUUUUCUCUCCAGGGGCUUUAUGUUGAUGAAUAGAUACCCAAGCAUGAAUGCCAAGCCCAGAGCCAUACUUGAACCUGGGGCUUCCUAAGGCUUUGUUUUGCAAAGAACUUGAAAUACAUUUAGAAGAGCACAAAACAGUGCUCAGUUGUGUCUGUCGGGAGUCUGUGUUCCAACUUUUCUGUUACAGUUUUGCGAGCGCUCAAGCUUGGCUCCUGUGAAUGUACCUGGUGGCUUCCUUACCAUAGCUCGGGAUUUUAGACUUCUUUGAUCCAUAAGAACAACCAUUUACCCAGGAAAACGUGCAUACACUCCAGUUUUUGCUUGGAAGUUUAGGGUAUUCAUAAACUUCUCAAAGACCCACGGAUCCACCUUAUAUCAGAGUCCUGCACCGUCAGGAUUGGUCACCCAGGCCCUGGCCUUGCUCAUCUGGUUCCACGUCCUGUGGAAGACCAGAGCUGCUGCCCUUCAAGCUAAUGGGUGUUUCCUGUUAACACAGUGUUAGAGUGUAAGCCCCUGUACCAUCUUUAACUCUGGGAGUUGCCCGCCUUUCAUUUCUGCUGUGCUUUAGGGUGGUGGUGUCUCGUUUCCCUGAUUAGCCCUUAAAAACCUAAAUCAUAGGGGUGGGGUUGGGGGUGGAAGAGGGUAUAGGAAUAAACAGUAAUGGAAAAAUAAAAGUAAGGGAAAGUUUGGGAAUAAAUAUAUAUUUUUGACAAUCA